CUCGCCGCUUCCCCCAAGUGCGCCGCGAUAAAGGCGCCGGCUGGCUCCCUCCUCUCCUCUCCGUCGGCUGGUCCUUCCCGCGCCGUCCGGUCCCGCCGCAGCCAUGGUCCUGAACCCCGUCAUCGGGAAGCUGGUCCACAAGAGGGUGGUGCUGGCCAGCGCCUCUCCGCGCCGCCAGGAGAUCCUCACCAACGCGGGCCUCCGGUUUGAAGUUGUUCCCUCCUGGUUCAAAGAGACGCUUGAGAAGUCUUCUUUCGCAGCUCCUUUUGAAUAUGCUGUAGAAACUGCAAGGCAAAAGGCGCUUGAAGUGGCAAACAGAAUGCAUCUGAAACAUCUUAGAACACCCGAUGUCGUUAUAGGGGCAGACACCAUAGUGACAAUAGAAGAACAGAUUUUGGAGAAACCAGUGGACAAACAAGAUGCAUAUAGGAUGCUUUCAAAGCUAAGUGGCAAGGAGCACAGUGUUUUCACGGGUGUCGCGAUUGUUCAUUGCAGCAGUAAAGAUAAUCAGCUAGAGACUGAAGUCACAGAUUUCUAUGAAGAAACCAAAGUUAAGUUUUCUGCACUCUCCGAAGAACUCUUAUGGGAGUAUAUUCACAGUGGUGAGCCCAUGGACAAAGCUGGUGGCUAUGGGAUCCAGGCACUUGGGGGAAUGUUAGUGGAAUAUGUUCACGGAGACUUCUUGAACGUGGUGGGGUUUCCUUUGAAUCGCUUCUGCAAAAAGUUAGCAGAAUUAUAUUAUCCGCCCCCAAAGCACACUAUCCAUCACAUAAAGCAUGACUCUAUCCCUUCAGUAGAGACUUUUGAGAUUCUAAGUGAUGGGGAAUGUGACUCUUCAGAUAACCACACACAGUUUGAAGGUGUUAAGAAGCGAAACGGCGGUGGAGCCCCCCACAGCCUGGAAAAGUGCAUAAAGAGCAGUCAUUCUUGCAACACACCUGUGGAAAGUCAGAAUGGAGUAAUAGAAAAUGCAACGCAAUUCCCAGCUAAACUCACUCACCUUCUGGAUGGCUUCAGAGCAUCAAAGGCUUUGUUUGUGGCAUCUAAGCUGAAAGUAUUUGAUAUUCUGAAAGAUAAGGGCACCUUGACAGCUAUGGAAGCUGCUAAUAAACUUAAAACCUCGGUGUGUGGCACAGAAAGAUUACUUGAUGCCUGUACUUCUCUUGGCCUAUUGGACAAGAACCAUCUAGGUUACAGCAAUACAGAUAUGGCAAAUUUAUAUCUAGCAUCAGAUGGCGAAUGUUCACUUCAUGACUACGUUCUCUACUGUAAUGAUCACACAUGGCCUCUGUAUAAACAUUUGGAGUUGGCAGUCAAAGAGGGGACUCCGCUGAACCAGAUAUUUGAGAAGAAAGCAGAAGAUUGUAUUCAGGAUUUAUGUUGCCAAACUACAGAGGCGAAGCAACGUUUUAUGAGUGCCAUGCACAGCAUUUCCAAACUAACAGCAAGAGAUGUAGCCGUGGCUUUUGACCUUUCACAGUUCAGAGCUGCGUGUGAUUUGGGAGGUUGCACUGGAGCUUUAGCUUAUGAGCUGGUCCAUAUCUACCCAGAGAUGAAAGUCACAGUAUUUGACCUUCCAGAAAUCAUCACGAGUGUCUCCAGCUGUCAGCCUUCAAGACAAAACCCAGCUCAGGUUUCCUUCAUGUCAGGUGACUUUUUCAAAGAUAAUCUUCCAAAAGGAGACCUUUAUAUACUUUCACGAGUUCUACAUGACUGUUCAGAAGAGAAGAUUUCCACACUCUUUAGCAAAAUAUAUGCUGUUUGCAAGCCAGGCAGUGCUUUGCUGGUAGCAGAAAUUGUGCUGGAUGAGAAACGAACAAGCCCUGCUAGAGCUGUCCUGCAGUCCCUUAGUAUGACGGAAGGCAAGCAAAGAACUGGCUUGGAGUAUAAACAGUUAUUGGAGAAACACGGAUUCACCAAUGUGCAGAUUAAGAUAACAGGAAACCUGCUAGAUGCAAUUUUGUGCUUUAAGAAAACAUCUAUCCAUUAAAUUAGAUGGAGCAAGUAAUUUGAUUUACUGCCACCAUCAGCUGGAAUUAGUAUAGAUGUUUCUGUUUUGGGGUUGCACUAAUGGUUGUCAUGUUACAGUUUGAACUGUGCAUAAAACCUUGUCCUACUUUUCUUGAUUAAAACAGUACUAUGAAAAUCCAGUGACCUAUUUUUUUCCCUGUCUGGGAAAUGCAUUGCUUGCUCCUUUAUAUAAUUGAUGGCAAUUUAGUUUCAAAUCCAUGCUUACUUUUUCUUACCAUGUGCCCCUUGCAACCACUCUUUAAAAGUCAGGAAACAUCAAGGAAACAAGGGAGAACAAACUGUGCAUAAAGCUACAGUUCCACUAACUUCAGCAGGACUACUAUGUAGUUUCUCAUGCAAUCUGUACAGCAGUUUUUGAAAGGGAUAGGUGUGCGUUCAGGGCUGUAUCAGAUAUUGUCUGUCUGUGCAAUGUAAAAUGUGGCACAGAAGAAGAAUCCAAUGCAACAGUAGCACUAGCGGAAACUUGUUGCCCAACAGAUUGUGAAAUCUAUUGUGCAACAAAGUUGCCAACAACCAGAUCACACAUUCUCUUGUGCAGCAAUGUAUCACUAGUGCAGUGUUUCUCAAACUUGGGUUCUCCAGUUGUUGGACUACAACUCCCACUAUCCCUUGCUAGCUGGACCAAUGGUCAAGUAUGAUGGGAGUUGCAGUCCAACAACAGCUAGGGACCCAAACUGAACAGGUAUGUGACUUAGCAAUUUGCUGUGAAUAUCCAUGCCAGGUUUAGUGGGCAUGUAAGAGAAACUACAUCCAUAUUUGGAGUGGGUCAGCAUGGAAUAAAACUUCAUACCAUAAAAUAUCCCACUCCAUUUCAGUAAUGGCAUCAAAAUGUGUAGAUGGUGGGUGAUGAGGCCCUCCUCUCUGAGCCAGAAUAAUUUAGUUAAAUAACACUUCAAAAAAAGACAUGAAUACAUAUCUCGUUGAUUUUUAAAAAAAUGUCUUUUCAGAGAACUUGAAAUGAAUUCAAUCAAAUGUUCUCAGUGUAGUAUUCCUUCCCAGUUCUCUGUCCUAGGAAGCUGUAUAGAGAAAUGACCAUUUUUAUUUAAAACAAUAGGUAUAAAUUGCUUUCUAGAUCUGGCAAAACAACUUGUGACUAGUUCUAUUGUUUUGUGGGUUUCAAAAUAUGAUUAUAUACAGUUUAGUUUGCUAAAAUUGACUGGACUGGGUUUUUUUAGGGGAGGCAUGCAAGUUUUUUCUUUGACCUCUGGUUCACCCCCUGAACCAUGCUAUACAAUCAUUCAGAAUACUGUCUCCUCUCAUCUGAUAAAAGGAGGGAAGAGAGCUACUCAAAGCUCACUAUAGUAACUUUCCAAAGACUAUCAGCAGGUGAGUUACAGAUUUUUAUUUUCUUGAGCUAAUCUUGAAACCAUAAAUACAAAGCAUUAGCAACGUUCCUUCAUAAAACAUGCAAUGUGCAGAGCAAAGGUCUCCCUGAUGAAUCAAACAAGGAACACUUUAUAUUGUAACCAUUUAAUUUGCAUUUCAACCAUAGAAAAUUUCUCCUGAAAGGUUUUUGGUUGUUUUUUUUUUACAUUGUGUUUCCUUUCUGUGCACCCUCAUGUUCCACAUGCAACUUAUAUACAGAAUGUGUGGUAGUACUUGUUUAUUUGUCUAUUUGUCAAAAACUUAGUUCUUAUUUCUUUUAAGAUUGUUCAAAGAUAUCUAAAAUGAAAUUUUCCAAUCAGUGUGUUAACGAUUUAAGUUCCAAAAAUGAUUUAUUACCAUAUAUUUGCAUAACCAUUUCUGAAAUAAAAAAUGAGCCUCCUGAUAUUUUUACUGUUAAUACAAAGGAGUCUCUUUCGUUCUUUGAAAAGCACUAUGCAAAUUAGUGAAACUAUAAAUUAUCAUUGUUUACAAUUAGCCUAUGUUUAAAUUUCCUUUUUCUUUUGAAAUCACUUAAUCAUUUCGCUGUUAGUGCUAAGUAAUAGUCAAAGUAUCAAUUCAAAGUAUCAAUUCAAAACAAAUCAACAGUUUUUGAUAAAUUGUUUUUACCUAGGCAUGUUUACUCAGAAGGCCCAUUGAGUUAAAUGAGAUGUUUUCUUGGUAACUGCAGCUUUCAAAUAAAAAGGUUGUUUAGUA